AUGGUGCAUCGACUUGAUAUUUCUAGUGAAAUGAUCGCGUUUUUCAAAAAUUGUGCGAAAAAUGGAAAUUAUACGCCGUUCCUGUCAAAUUACAGGGGUUUAAUUAGAGAUAUUGGACAGCAAUUGGAAAAAGUUUCACUUCCAAAUAAUUCACUGGAAAAAUUAAUGGUUAAACACUUUGCAAAUUGUUUUGUCGCACUUCAUACAAUGAAUUCACUAGACGAAUUGGCAGCAAGUGCGCCGAAAUUUGUGGCUGACUUUAAGCAGGCUAUUGGGAAUAAAAAAACUUUGAAAGAAUUGCAUGACAAUUUCAAAUCAAGCGACACUAAACAACAGGGAUUAAAUAGAAAAUUGACAAAUAAAAUGGAAAGAAAUCGAUCAGAAAUGAAACAGUUCAAAAUGGAAAUGAUGUCUUCAUUUAAUGGCUUAAAACAAAAUAUGGACACUAAAAUGGAGGAAAUGAUGCAGCUGAUGAGGGCACUGAUACAGGACCUUACGAGUCAAAAACUAGCUCAAAAUCCAGAAAGUUCCAAGUGUAGUUUUCCAAACUAUGGCCUGGAAAUUCAGAAAAAGUUUGAAGACAUGAUUCAAAACAUGAAAUCUCAGACUGGAAGUGUUUUUGAAUUGAAAUUGAAAGAAAUCGAGCAACUUGAAGCCGAGGCCGAAAACACAAUUCCAAAAAUACCCAAGAAAGCAGCUGGCUCAUCUUCAGAGCAUUAA